UGAAGUAUGUUGUAAGGUGUGUAUUUACUGGGCUGGCGAUUUCUGUGCUUGCACUCGUGAUGGCGUGGAACUUUGUCCCUUUUAUGCACCGUGAUGAUCCAUCGGUCCGACACUUUGAUGUGCCGCUCAGUUUAUUAGAUACACGAACGAUCUCUACCCAUCCAGCAGUGCUGAGUCAGGAAAUCUUCAAUAGGGCCGUCCAGGCUAUCCCCGAUUCCGAUUAUGCUGCUUCCGUAUCUAGAAAUGUUUUGUCAUCUUAUGAAGCAUACUUGUCCAUCAACGACGAUAUCGAUUUAAGAAGCAUUGCAAGCAAUACCUAUUCCAUACAAAUACUUGCUGUAAAUCAGGAAGUAUAUUCACUCGGAGAUUUGAUCAGGGUGCGAAUCAUGCUCUUUGAUGGAUAUGGGAAACCCCUAACAUAUGGUGGAGAUAUUCUUAGAAUUUGGCUAACAACUCCAUCCAAGAACGCUAGCGCAAAUGGCUACGUCAUUGAUCACGGGAACGGAUCAUAUACAGGUCACGUGAGGGCAUUAUGGACAGGUAGUUGUGUCAUAAAGACGUCAAUAGCUGCAACUAAACAACACAUUGCGGUUGUUCAUAAAUUUAUUGAGAAACACGGAUUACUGCAUGACAUGGCUGCCGGAUUUAACAAAAAUGACCUUCAAGAACGAACCCCGUGUAAUGUGAAACCGAGCGUGUUUGGACUGACGGAUGUAUGUAAUUUUACAAAAGAAAAUUACGGUCUCAACUGGUAUUGUGAAAAACCAAGAAAUCCCAAACUGACUUGUCAAGAUUGGACAACUGUGCAAGGACAUCGCGAAGACCAUUUAAAUGAAGUUGAGAGAAAGAUUGCCAGGUUCUACAAGCACAUGCUGUUGAGGGAAAGUCCGACAAUCAAGACAAAGGGAGAUGGGACGUAUGUUCCGUCAGUCGAUCUACCAUGUAGCAAGAGACCAAAUAAGGAGACGUGGCUCGAGGAAUCCCCUGUUGGGUUUUAUUAUAAAAAUCAAUGGCACAAUCGAGGCUGCAAAAGUACGUUCAUACCUUCCAAGAUGUCGUAUGAGAACUGCCUGCGUGAUCAGUUCCUGUUUUUUAUUGGUGAUUCGAAUAUCCGCUCAUGGUUCGAUCAGAUACAGCAAACGUUAAAUAUGGUCAUAGCGGCAAAUACAGAAGGACAGAAGAGAGGACCAUGGUUCAGCUUGCGGAGAGCUGACCGAACCGACUUAAAUCUAAGUCUGGUGUGGGCCGUUCACGAGUUGCCUUUCUAUACCGGAGGUCAUUCACCAAGGGAAUAUAUCAAGUCCAUGGCUUGGCACAUAGACCGCAUUCCGUAUAUGAAAAAGUUGACAAUCGUAAUACAUAAUAUGAUGCACUUAGCUAGAACCCCACCAUCUGAAUUUCGUGCGCACGUGCGGGAUGUUAGAUUUGCGAUUGGUCGACUUUUUAAACGAGUACCAGAAGCAAGGUUGUUCAUAAAAGGACCUCACUCUGCUACUUAUGUAAACCUUUUUAAACCUUUGGAUUUCAUAAGAAAGGUCCAAGAACAAGUUUUCUUUGAAGAAUUGAUUGAAUUCCAUGAUAAGAUAACUUAUUUGAAUUUGUGGGAUAUGACAACAUGUAUAGAAAACGUCAACGUCCACCCUGGUCCAUCGACCGUUAGGGAUAUGAUCAGUUACUUUAUGUCGUAUUUGUGUGACAGAUAAUGGCGUCAGAUUUAUCAUGGUGGCCGAUUCUAAAGAUAGAAGGGCAACGUGUUUGCAAUGCUUACAGUCGUUAGUCCCGUUUGCAACUCCAUAUUAUACUAGACAAUAGCGUUACUUACAAUUUAAUACUAUAGUUUUGUUGUCUAGUAUACAUUAACCAUUUUCUCUAAGUUGACAGAGAAAUCGAUCCCAAGCAAGGCAAAUUUGCUCAUUCCCCAUUUCAACUU